GUCAGAACCGCAUCCUGGACCUGAAGGACAGAGUCACGGCCAUCAGCAGGCAUCCGGAGCAGUGCUGGGGUGAGCACCCCCUCGGGGUCCAUGUGCCCGCCCGAGGCCCAGGCAGAGGUGGGCCCCACCAUGACCGAGAAGGCCAAGAUGGUGUGUGCCCCCAGUCCAGUGCCUGCCCCGCCCCCAAAGCCUGCCUCGCCUGGGCCCCCAAAGGCGGAGGAGGUGGACCACGGAGGCUCCUCGCCACCCAGGCUGCCCCCUGGCGUGCCAGUCAUCAGCCUGGGCCACACCAGGCCCGCAGGGGCAGCCAUGGCCACCACGGAACUAAGCACCCUCCGUCCCCCGCUGCUGCAACUCUCCACCCUGGGAACCGCCCCGGCGCCCCUGGCCCUGCAUUACCACCCUCACCCCUUCCUCAACAGCCUCUACAUUGGGCCGGCAGGACCUUUCAGCAUCUUCCCCAGCAGCCGGCUGAAGCGGAGACCAAGCCAUUGCGAGCUGGAGCUGGCUGAGGGGCACCAGCCCCAGAAGGUGGCCCGGCGCGUGUUCACCAACAGUCGGGAGCGCUGGCGGCAGCAGAACGUGAACGGCGCUUUCGCCGAGCUCAGGAAACUGCUGCCAACGCACCCGCCCGACCGGAAGCUGAGCAAGAACGAGGUGCUCCGCCUGGCCAUGAAAUACAUUGGCUUCCUGGUGCGGCUGCUGCGCGACCAGGCAGCGGCUCUGGCCGCAGGCUCCGCCCCUCCAGGGCCCCGCAGACGGCCGGCGCACCGAGCCCUGGACGACGGCGCCCGCCGCGGGCCUUGUCGCAGGGCCGAGGUGGUGGCGCGCCCGCAGCCCGCGCCCCCAGGCGGCCCCGAUGGCAGCCCCGGCGGGGCGGGCCGACCCAUCAAGACAGAAAAAGCGGCUGUGAGUCCGGAGGUGCGAUGACCUCCACGGUGUCGCCUCUGAGCCGAAGGGCACUGGAACUCAGCGCAGGGCCGUCCAGGAAGGGGCGGACGACGCUCAGCGCCUGCUCUGGAGAUAACUCCCCCGAAGAAGGACCAGUGAAGAGUCCCCAAACGGAGGAAAGGGCCCGGGGGUCUGGAAGGGCGACCGUCGCCCCCAGGGGCCCUGCAGACCCUUUUAUCGCCCACUGCCCGCUGGAAGUGGCCUUGUCCGCGUACCCCUCCCGGGGGAGAGGUCCGGGAACCAACACGUCAGAGCGGUCAUCGGACCCAAGUGGUGCCGCAUUUUUCCGUGCUGGGGUCACCGAGGGAGGUGGGGAGGGACCGGAGAGCCUACUACUUUCUCACCGGCGCCCCCUCCCGGAGACUAAUAGAUACGCGCUGCUCGACGGUGGCGGCCGCCGGCCUGGCGGGAGAGAGGCGCAGAAUCCAUGCGGCGGCCCCACCCCACCGAUCCCGAAACUGUCCCGCACGAUCGCGUUAGCGAAGGCUCAGGCGCUCUUGCUUUUGUUUUUCUUUAUUUCUUUAUUUCACAUACACAUUAGCCAUUCAAUGGAGAAGCCGGAGAGAGUCAGGCAAAGAUGGUAUAACAGAAGCGCAGUGACGGGGGCGGGGUGGGGUGGGGCGGGGCGGAGAGGGAACGUACGGGCUGGCUGCCUACUUGCAUUCCGCUAGGACACUGAAAACCCAGAAAACAAAACAGACAGUAAACUACCCUUGUUUCUUAUGUAUCUCAGUGCAGAGACGGGGGUGGAGGGCAGAGAGGGGGAGACCAGGCUGAAGGAAGAGGAGCGGAGGGACGGGGACGCUAAGGGGGAAGCACACCAAAUCCAUUAGUACUAUAUAUAGAGAUACUCGUAUAUACUGCGUUUCUUAGCCUAAGAAGAAACUUGUUUGACGGGACGGGCGGCCUUUGCGGUCCGCGAUGCUGGUGCUGGUCGGGCGCACGGAUCUCCCGGGGCCGAAGCGGGGCUGGCCCAGGCUGGCUUGCGGGGGGAGGGGGGCGCCCCAAGGGUGGGUGGGGGGAGCAGAGGCGGGGCUGGGGUGCCCCUCGGGCUCUCGAUUGGGGGACGAAAGUUCUCGUGACUUUAUUGCUCCUUUAUUUUCUCUCGUGUGUGUGGGGGGUGUCCGUUCAGCACGGUCGGGGUGGGGAAGUGGUGGGUCGUCUGAGCCACCCGGCCCCUCUGGGACCCAGAGCGCGGCGUCCGCUCCGCCAGCACGGGGGUGAGAACAAGGCACUAGGUCGGCCGGCCAGCGCGGGGGCGGGUGUGUAAGGCAGUCGACGGGGUUGGUUGCAGGGUAGGAUGGGGCUGUGUGCGGGGCCGUGUGCGUGCGUGCGUGCGUGCGCGGGCCUGGGCGAAUCGACCUGUCAGCUUGGCUGGUCCUGUCCUGGAGCGUCGAGCCUUCCCCGUACUCCCCGGAGGGUGACCGGGGUGGGGGUGGGAGGGUGAUGUUGAGUCGCGGGCGCCUGGGAAGGGGGGGGGGGGGAGGGGAGAAACUACCAACUUGCUGAGCGCGCUCCUGAUAAUGCUGGUGAGGGUCAAGUUGGCGUCUGGCUCAAAGAAGGACGCUCGGGUUGGAGAGGGAGGGAGGGGACGUUUGUUCGUUGGCAUUGACCUCUGCGGGGGAGGGGCUGGGGACCCGCCGCCGCGCCCCCGGGCCCGGACGGGGUUGGGGCGAGGAGGGGGCGCUGGGCACCGGGGAGGGGGCGCCCGGGGAGACCCGCGGCCAGAGCAGCCCGCCGCCGGGCGCACGCCGCUGUCCCGUUCCGUUAAACUCAACAAAGAAGGGAUAUGCGUGUUCCUAACAAGUGCAGGAUAUUUAAUUGAUUCAUAAACUUAUGUAUAAUAGUUUGUGGGUUUUUUAAAACGUACUUUAUAAUGUAAGAAGCACCAGGGUUUUUAUGUUGAAUUAUCUUUAAAAUAAUUUUCUCUCGUCCUUUUCCUUUUUGAUCUUGUGUUGGUUUUUUAAUGUCGAGGUGUUGUUUGUUUUUUUUUUUCAAUUCUAAAAUGUGAACGUUUCCUUCAGCCCUCCCACCGAAACCGAGAACGAACGACGAAACAAAUAAAAACCC